CUACGCCACAUGACGCAGCCCAUCAUGGCGGCGGGAGCGCGGCUGCCCGGGCCCGCGGCUCCGCAGGGCUGCUGCCGUUGCUGCUGUUGAGAGGCGGCGGCAGCGGUGCAGACGAGCGGGAAGGAUGGUGUUUCUGUGGCCAGAGUGGCAGGUGCGGACCAGGAGCCAGACUGAGGUUUGGCGAAAGCAACGUGUGCUGAGGAGCAGUCGGCGCGGGUGCUGCUGAGGCUGCUAAGGAAGGCAGAACCGCCUGACGGACGGACGAAAGGAAGGCGACCGGAGAGCCGGCCCCGGAGCCGCGCGGUGGACGAGAUGCCGGGGCCGCCGGCGUUGCGGAGGCUGCUACUGCUGCUCCUGGCCGCUGGCAGUGCUGGGGCCGCGCCACUUCCGCAAACAGGUGCAGGGGAGGUGCCUGCUGCAGAAGUUUCCUCAUCUCUUGUGAUCUUAUCUGUGUGCAGUUUCAUGAUAUUAAUAGUGUUAAUUGCAAACUGUGUAUCCUGCUGUAAGGACCCAGAAAUAGACUUUAAGGAAUUUGAAGAUAAUUUUGAUGAUGAAAUAGAUUUCACACCACCAGCAGAAGAUACUCCCUCUGUCCAGUCCCCAGCAGAGGUCUUCACACUUUCAGUACCAAAUAUUUCACUACCAGCUCCAUCACAAUUCCAGCCUUCUGUAGAAGGUUUGAAGUCUCAAGUUGCCCGCCAUAGUCUGAACUAUAUACAGGAAAUUGGAAAUGGCUGGUUUGGAAAGGUCCUCCUUGGCGAGAUUUAUACAGGCACCAGUGUAGCAAGAGUAAUAGUGAAGGAGUUAAAAGCAAGUGCAAGCCCAAAGGAACAAGAUACUUUUUUGAAAAAUGGAGAACCUUACUAUAUUCUUCAGCAUCCAAAUAUUCUUCAGUGUGUUGGACAGUGUGUAGAAGCAAUUCCUUAUCUUCUGGUGUUUGAGUUCUGUGACUUGGGUGAUCUGAAAGCAUAUCUGCGCACGGAGCAGGGGCACAUGCGGGGGGACGCGCAGACCAUGCUGCUGCAGAGGAUGGCGUGUGAGAUCGCCGCGGGGCUGGCUGCCAUGCAUAAGCUGCACUUCCUACACAGUGAUUUAGCCCUGCGGAAUUGUUUUCUUACCUCUGACUUAAACGUGAAAGUGGGAGAUUAUGGAAUAGGAUUCAGCAGGUACAAGGAGGAUUAUAUUGAAACAGAUGAUAAAAAAAUUUUCCCUCUGCGAUGGACUGCUCCAGAAUUAGUAACGAGCUUUCAAGACAGACUACUAACUGCAGAUCAGACUAAGUAUAGUAAUAUUUGGUCCCUGGGUGUGACACUUUGGGAACUUUUUGAUAAUGCUGUUCAACCAUACUCAAACCUUUCCAACUUAGAUGUCCUCAAUCAAGUCAUCAGAGAGAGAGAUACUAAACUCCCCAAGCCCCAGCUGGACCAGCCUUAUUCUGAUAGAUGGUAUGAAGUUUUACAGUUCUGUUGGCUGUCACCAGAGAAGAGACCAGCAGCUGAAGAUGUACACAGACUACUGACUUAUCUACGCAUGCAGAGCCAGCGGGACUCGGAAGUUGACUUUGAACAACAGUGGAAUGCUCUGAAGCCAAAUACAAAUAGCAGAGACUCUUCCAAUAAUGCUGCAUUUCCAAUUCUUGACCAUUUUACCCGGGAUCGGCUGGGCCGUGAAAUGGAAGAAGUACUUACUGUGACUGAGACAAGCCAGGGACUGAGCUUUGAGUAUGUCUGGGAGGCUGCAAAGCAUGAUCAUUUUGACGAGCGCAAUCGGGGCCAUCCAGAUGAAGCCUUGUCUUACACAAGCAUGUUCUUUCCAGUUGAGGUUUUUGAGAGCUCCCUGUCAGAUCCUGGGCCUGGCAAGCAGGAUGAUAGUGGCCAGGAUGUCCCCUUAAGGGCCCCUGGGGUGGUUCCUGUUUUUGAUGCACACAACCUUUCUGUUGGAAGUGACUACUAUAUCCAGUUAGAAGAAAAAAGUGGUAGCAACUUGGAGCUUGAUUACCCUUCUGCCAUGCUUACAAAUGAAAUGGGUAAUCCUGAAAAGACAGGCGCUGAGCCGUCCCAGAGUAUGGCACUUGGGAACCUUGACUUAGAGGAGUCUAGUACUGAUGAGGAUUUCUUCCAGAGCAGUACAGACCCCAGAGAUUCUGGCUUACCCGAGGACUCACAUGUUCCCAGCGGCCCUGAGAGCCCUUUCAACAAUAUAUUUAAUGAUCUGGACAAAUCAGAGGAUUUGCCCAGUCACCAAAAAAUAUUUGACUUAAUGGAACUAAAUGGAGUUCAAGCCGACUUUAAGCCUACCACUUUAAGUUCAAGUUUGGAUAACUCCAAAGAGUCAGUCAUAACUUGCCACUUUGAGAAGGAAAAGUCCCAUAAGCUUUUUGACUGUGAUCCUCUUUGUCUGUCAGAAAAUCUUAUGCACCAAGAUAAUUUUGAUUCAUUGAAUGUUGAAGAAUUGUCAGAAAACUUUUUAUUUCUUCAAGAGAAAAACUUACUGAAAAGCUCAGUGUCUAGCAAAGAACAUGUAAAUGAUCUUCAAACAGAGCUUAAGAACGCUGGUUUUACUGAGACUAUCUUAGAAACCUCACAUAGAAACUCUUUAGAUACUGAGCUUAAGUUUGUGGAAAAUAAACCAGGCUUUACUUCAUUACAAGAAAAUAUAAGUGCAAAGGAUAAAGAUACAGAUGUGCUCACAGGCAACAUUCUGAGCACCCCUUCCUCCCCGGAAGUGCAGGUCCCUACCUCACUGGAAACAGAAGAAACGCCUCAUAAUGUACCUCCAGAUUCAUUCCUGAAGCAGGGAGAAACCAAACCCAUGUGUUUAGAUGGCAGUGUCUCUGAGGACUGUCUCUGCCAAGACAUCAAUCCAGACACUGUGACCAUCCCAGAUGAAAUUCUCUGGACUGAUGCCAAAACUCACAGCGUUGGUGACAGGGCCCAGGACUCAACUCGUCAAAGUGAGGAGACCUUGAGAGGAACCAAAAGUGACUCCAUUCUUAUUGAUGAUAUUCUCGCUGGUAAAGUAAGUUUAGGGAGUAGUCAUCCUGAAAUAGGACAGAAUUUAGAAAAUAAACUAUUUUCAGAAAACCAUCACAGUACUAGUUUUCUGGAGAAAAACUUGGAAGCUGUAGAGACUUUAAACCAGCUCAAUUAUAAAGAUGCUACAAAAGAAGUGGGCUUGGUGUCCGCCCUUUCCUCGGACUCUACCAGUCAAGACAGCCUCUUGGAAGACAGCUUGUCAACUCCCUUUCCAGCCUCAGAGCAGUCUGUGGAAACCCCUGACUCUUUGGAUUCAGUGGAUGUCCAUGAGGCAUUGCUGGAUUCUUUAGGCUCUCACACUCCUCAGAAACUCCUGCCCCCUGAUAAGCCAGCGGACAGUGGCUAUGAAACAGAGAACUUGGAGUCUCCUGAGUGGACUUUGCACCCUGCUCCCGAGGGCACCUCUAAUUCAGGCGUUGCUUCAGCAGGCGAUGGUGUUCAUACCAGUUUGCCACCCAACCCGGUCAUUGUCAUCUCAGAUGCAGGUGAUGGUCACAGAAGUACAGAAGUGACCUCACAGACUUUUGCACCUGGCUCCCAGAGUUCAUAUCGAGACUCUGCCUACUUCUCAGAUAAUGACUCUGAGCCCGACAAAAAGUCUGAGGAGGUUCCAGAAACCUCCACAUCGGCCUUGAUAUUAGUACAAGACCAGUCCUUGCCUGAGCUGAUCAUCCUAGAGCAGAGUCCCAGUGCUGAGGAUAGUUUUCUGGAAACCAAAGAGAGCCAGCCAGAUCAGAGUUGUCUGUCUGCUUUACAGAAUUCCAGUCACCUGGAAUUAAGAGAAGCAUUGGAGCCACCACAGACUGCUGUUUCCAAACAGAUACAUCCUGCAGAUGACGAGGCUGGUAGUCCUUUGAGUUUGCUGAAUUCAGAACUUAGCAGUGGCGAUGACUUUGAGACACAAGUUCAGCCCUGCACUCUCACUUCCACUGGAACCAACACUAAUGAACUCCUUGCAUUUGCAAAUUCGGCGGUGGACAAGUCCUUAACCAGCCACUCUGACAGCCCCAAGUUGAAGGAGCCAGAUAUUGAGGGAAAAUACCUAGGGAAACUCGGUAUGUCGGGGAUGCUCGAUCUCGCUGAGGACGGGAUUGAUGCAGAUGAGGAGGACGAAAACAGCGAUGAUUCAGAUGAGGACCUGAGAGCCUUCAACCUGCACAGUCUUAGCUCUGAGUCAGAAGAGGAGACUGAACACCCUGUGCCCGUGAUCCUCAGCAACGAGGACGGGAGACACUUGCGGAGUUUGCUGAAGCCCUCAGCAGCCGUGGCCACUGAUCAGCUACCUGGUGAUUGGAAGAAAGAAAAGAAGGCAGUCACAUUUUUUGAUGAUGUCACAGUUUACCUUUUUGACCAGGAGACCCCAACCAAAGAACUGGGGCCCUGUGGAGGAGAGGCACGUGGCCCGGAACUGAGCGGCUCAGCACCAUCUGCAGGCCCCCCCUACCUGAGCAGGUGCAUAAAUUCCGAAAGUUCCACUGAUGAAGAAGGAGGUGGCUUUGAAUGGGAUGAUGACUUCUCCCCAGAUCCUUUUAUGUCAAAAACAACAAGUAACCUUCUCAGCUCCAAGCCUUCUCUUCAAACAUCAAAGUACUUUUCCCCGCCACCACCAUCCCGGGGCUCGGAGCAGAGUUGGCCCCAUGUGGCACCCUACUCCCGGUUCUCCAUCUCUCCUGCCAACAUUGCCAGCUUUUCCCUCACACAUCUGACUGACUCGGACAUCGAGCAAGGAGGAAGCAGUGAAGAUGGAGAAAAAGACUAGGCAGCUGCUGACAUGCUCUCAGGUCCGAGGCUGCUCCUGUGGGGCCACAGUCCUGUGCCCUCAGCCCAAGCAAUGCCAUCCCUUCGACCCUUGCUGAGAUUGGGAGAGAGCACCAGAAGGUGAAAGGGAGAUGCCCGAGCUGAGUUGGGGCCUGGGGGAGCCAUGGUAGGGAGCGUGGCCAUGUCCCAGCAGCUGGUGUCCCUCAGCUCCUGCACCUGUGGCUGCUCUCACACUUGAAGUGCUCACGUGGUGGUAGUUCUGGGGAAGUGCCCACACCACCUUUGCGUGUGGAAGGGUGCGUCUGCUUUCCAGGUGGGUGUUCUCUGUGUCUGCACCUGUACACCUGGUCCAUGCCUGGCGCCACGGAGAACGCACUAGGGAAACGGUCACGAGUGAGCCAUAUUUAUUAUUUUUAAAGAAAUCACUAAUUGCUUUCUGUAAUUGCACUGUGGAUAAAUAUUAAGAGUCUCCAAUGUUGUACAGAAUCUUAAAUUAUUCCAGGAAAAUAAGGCAGGUCAAGCUGGUGCUAUCCACUAGUUUGAUUUUUUUUUUUCCUGUUUUAUAGUUUGUUUGCUCUGCAUGGUACUUGUAAAGCUUAAAUAUUUUCAGUGUUCUGCUGUCUUUAGAAUUGUUGGAACUGUACAUAUGGUACUCUUUCAUAAAUGAUAAACAAUUCUGAAUGUUAGUGUUUUAUGUUCUUAUAGGAAGUACUUUCAAUGAGUCCAGAAACACCACUCUGUUGUGUUGAUUGAAACAAACACAUUUUUGUCUCUUCUCCACAAGGUGGUUUCUCUGCAGCAAAUGAGGCUUCUCUCUGAGGAGCUGAAGGGUCUUGCAGUUUCUCAUGUAAUCCCCCCACCCCCAUCUUUUCAAAACCUUUUGGUAAGAAUCGAUCAGUGGUGCAUCCCAGAACUCAGUGUCAGCUUCUGAUGCCCAGAUGGCCUGGCUCUCACUGGGGGCGUCCUGGUGGAGCAGGUCAGGUGAGCUGUAAACAGAGAAGGGUCACGGUGACACUUCCUUUCAGCACAGCUCUUCUGCGUGUUUGAGGAGGCCAGACUACUGUGUAACUCCAGUGUUCUUAUAGAUCCUUCCUUCAAGAAGCCGGGGAACUCAGAGGAAGAUGUCUCUCCACAAAGGGCUCCAGUUGCCAAGGAUGGUUUGAGUGAAUUGUUUGUACACUUCUGGUGGUGUUGGUUUGAGCUUUUAAAAAAUCUCCACAGCUGAAUUUUCUCCUCAGAGCACUCCAAGUCAUUUCUAGGUGUGGCCAGUCUCUUUGAAACCUAGGAGAUACACUAUACCCUGCACCUGUGGAGCAGUGAGCUGAGGGACAACAGCAGAGCCUUCAGCAGCCAACAUGUCCUCUCGGUUGAGACCUUGGGUGGCCCUGUGUGGCCCUGGGGCUUAUCUGCAUGGACCUUUCCCUUCUGUAUUGGGCACCAAGUUCUCCUUUUGUGUUGAAAGGGACCGAGUAUUUCCAGUGCACCUUUGUGGUGUUGGCGGGAACUGGGUGUUCAUAAUACAAGGAUGACUUCAUUUUGCCCUCCUUGAGUUCUGCUUUGAUGUAAGGAAGCCUCCAGUGGCCCGGGCAGCAUGGCCACACUGUGCUGAGGGCAGCACCAUUUGUUUCAGAUGGGUCCUCAGGCCUGUGGCACUGGCCCUUCACCCCUGAUGUUUUCCGGUGCUGAUAGGCUCCCCAGGCCUGGGCUAGGGCUGCCUAGUGUAAAUCAGAGGAACUUAGGUUCUAAUGCAAAAUGCAAAUGUGGGUGUUAGCCAGAGUUUAUAUGGCAGAUUAUGACCUUUAUUACCAAUUCUGGACUUCCUCCACUAAUUUUUUAUACUAAGCAAUAACUUUCCAAAGCAAGAAAAUUUAGAAUGAAGAAAGAGUUCCCCUGAUCCCCAGUUUGGUGUAAACAUAGCGUGCUCCUGGGCCGUGCAGAGAACACUGACUCUUGUGAUGUGCAUAUGUUUUUUAAAAAAUUAACAGGGCAUUAGAUAAAUGAUUUUGCCAAAAUUGUCAAAACUCACAAUUUCUUGAUAUGGAGACUUCCUGAAUUUUCUGGAUUUUUACAUCUAACUGCCAGUCUUGGUUGACAGAGAAAUGAGAAAUGAUUGUUCUCAUUUUUUCAAAUUAUAGAUUUAAAGAGUUCAAAUUUAAUGAGUAAAAUCAAGCAGACCUAUAAGAUAUAUAAUCUUCUUAUACAAUCAGCCUAGAAUAAAUUUAUUGAUAUUUUGGGGUUGUACAUUUUUCACUAUGAUUAAGGAGAUUUUAACAACAUAAUUCCCAACUUUAAGUCUGUUAUCACUCUCAUUAAUUGCCAAAACAUUUUAUACCUUGAGUGUGUGUGGGGGGGGGUAGAGUAGUGUAUCUUAGUGUGGUGUUGCAUGGAAGGGAAAAUUUAUAUUUAUAAUAAACAUGGGUAAACAUGUUCUUUUGAAAUCUCAAGCAAUACACAAGAAAUUUAAUUAAGUAGAUUGAAAUUUUCAGUCCAUUUUUGAAAUGUCAGCAUGUGCUUUGUUCAGUUCAUUUUUUUUAAAUUAAUAAGUUGGUUAACAGUAGUGGGUUUUCUAAAUAUACUUGUUCCACUCAGUUGUGCAAUGAAAUAAACCAGUGGCAUUAGAUGAUAUGUGGGGCAAUGUAGAAUACCUGGUCCCAGGAAUAUUCCCUGGCUUCCUUUUCGAGGCAAUCCAGAUUUUAAUUAGUCUUACUUUGAUGGGGUUUGUGUAUUUUAAAUCCUAUAAUAAAAAUCUUUCAUUUUCUUCCUAGCUAGAUGCUAAUUUGUGACUAAAUAACCCUAUUACAAGCCAGAAAGAGCAGUGUAGAAAAAGUGUCCCCCAGCUUCUUCUGAGAAUUGGACUGUGUGUCUGGGCAAGAAGUUGUUCAUCUUUAGGGUAAAAGAACCUCAACAAAGCUGAAUUGAAAACAGAGCAUUCAUUCUAUUUUUAAAUGUACAGAUUCGAUUGUUUCUAUAGAAAUGAGUUUAAGAAAAGUCUUUGUAUGUCUUGCUGCCGUAAAAAUGCCUUUCAAAACCUCUUCCUUUUAUCCAUAUUUCCCAUAGGUAUUUGUAAAGUUAAUGACAUAUUGCAUGUCUGUCCUGAGGAGCCGGGUUGGAAGGGAGGCAGCUCCUAGCCCAUCACCUGAAAAUUCAGAAGUAAACCACAGUUACACUCCAAAGGUUGGGCUUUAGUUAUGGGGGCUUCAAAGCAUUAGCCCUAUGAAAAGUAGCCUUAAAGUAAGAAUGAGUGUACACAAUUAUUUUGGACUUAAAUCUCAGAAACAAUAUUCCUAAGUAGUAAUUGGAUUGGCUUAAGCCUUGGCUAUUAAUAAAGAAAAUUCUCUUUAGUAUACAAAUAAAUUCUUAAAGAAGUGUUGACAGUAUUGAAUUACCAACAAACCUGUUAAAAUGAAUUUGAGUGGCUUAACCAUGUGCUGUUAAAGUGUUCAGGUUUGCAUGGGUGGGGUUGGAUCUGGAACCUGGUAUAUGUGUCCACUGGUUGCUUCCAGCUGCAGAUGAGGACUUAUGGAGGAGUCAUAUCGACCGGGUCUCCCCAUUGUACUUUAACACAGUCGAAAGAGGUUCACGGCAAUAUUAACAGUUAAUGAACUUUCAGUUUAAAUUGUGUACAUUUUUAAAUUGUAAGAUUUUUACUGUAUAUUGAUGCAUAGUGUGAUUCAAUAAAUUGCUUGUAAUUUAAAAACUAUUUAAUAUUCAAAAUAAAUAUAGUUAUAUAUUUAUAAA